GCCUUGGGCCGGCGCCGCAGAGAAGUUUGCCGAGCGCUUUCUCGCCGGCUGGUCCCGGACUCGCGCUGCGCCCUGCGCCUCCACCUCCCUCCUUCUGCUGCCACCGCCGCCGCCGCCUCCCUGUUCUCCCGGGAUUCCUUCUCUGUGGAGGACUGACACUCUGCUUGCGGGAAUUAGAGGCGGACAGGGGAAGACCCGAGGGGGAACGGCGGGGGUCUUUCCAGUGACAGCUUCGUGUUGGGACGCCGGGCGCGUGGGGCUCCGGCUGGCCACAGAUCUCGCCCACCUUCCCGCGGCCUCCGGGCAGGCAAUGCGGACGCCGAGCCCCGCGGCGCAGAGAGGAAGGAGGGCGGCCCGGAGAGCCUAGAGACUGUUUCUGCCCACUUGGAGAAGAGGGCAUGGAGUUGUGAGCGCCCCUCGCUCGGCGACGCCGCCCCCGGCAGGCUCCCCAUGGCCGGGACGUACAGCUCGACUCUGAAGACGCUGGAGGACUUGACCUUGGACUCCGGGUAUGGGGCCGGGGACUCGUGCCGCUCGCUCAGCCUCUCGUCCUCCAAGUCCAACUCGCAGGCGCUCAACUCUUCGGCGCAGCAGCACCGCGGGGCGGCCUGGUGGUGCUACUCCGGCUCCAUGAACAGCCGCCACAACAGCUGGGACACGGUGAACACGGUGCUGCCCGAGGACCCCGAAGUGGCCGACCUCUUCUCGCGCUGCCCGCGGCUCCCCGAGCUGGAGGAGUUCCCCUGGACCGAGGGAGACGUGGCCCGGGUACUCCGCAAAGGCGCGGGCAGCAGGAGGCUGCCCCAGUUCUCCGCCGAGGCGGUGAGGCGCCUGGCGGGGCUGCUCCGCAGGGCACUGAUCCGUGUGGCCCGCGAGGCGCAGCGCCUGAGUGUGCUGCACGCCAAGUGCACCCGCUUCGAGGUGCAGAGCGCCGUGCGCCUGGUGCACAGCUGGGCGCUGGCCGAGAGCUGCGCGCUGGCCGCCGUCAAGGCGCUGUCCCUGUACAGCAUGAGCGCCGGCGACGGGCUGCGCCGGGGCAAGUCCGCGCGCUGCGGCCUCACUUUCUCAGUGGGCCGCUUUUUUCGCUGGAUGGUGGACACUCGCAUCUCCGUGCGCAUCCACGAGUACGCGGCCAUCUCGCUCACCGCCUGCAUGGAGAACUUGGUGGAGGAGAUCCGGGCCAGGGUUCUGGCCAGCCAGAGCCCUGAAGGCGGAGGGGCCGGAGGCGGGGAGGUGUCUGCUGAGGCCCUGGAGAUGGUCAUCAACAACGACGCCGAGCUCUGGGGCGUCUUGCAGCCCUAUGAGCAUCUUAUCUGCGGCAAGAACGCCAAUGGUGUCCUCUCCCUCCCUGCGUACUUCAGCCCCUACAAUGGCGGGUCCCUGGGCCAUGACGAGCGAGCCGACGCCUAUGCCCAACUGGAGCUCCGGACCCUGGAGCAGUCCCUCCUGGCCACCUGCGUGGGCAGCAUCUCAGAGCUGAGUGACUUGGUCUCCCGUGCCAUGCACCACAUGCAGGGGCGCCACCCCCUUUGCCCGGGUGCCAGCCCUGCCCGCCAGGCCCGCCAGCCGCCACAGCCCAUCACUUGGUCCCCCGACGCCCUCCACACGCUCUACUACUUCCUGCGAUGUCCACAGAUGGAGUCCAUGGAGAACCCCAACCUGGACCCCCCGAGAAUGACCCUGAACAAUGAACGGCCCUUCAUGCUGCUGCCGCCCCUCAUGGAAUGGAUGCGUGUGGCCAUCACCUAUGCAGAGCACCGCCGCAGCCUCACUGUGGACAGCGGCGACAUCCGCCAGGCGGCCCGGCUGCUGCUGCCUGGUCUGGACUGUGAACCUCGGCAGCUCAAACCUGAACACUGUUUCAGUUCCUUCCGGAGGAUGGAUGCCCGAGCAGCUACUGAAAAAUUCAACCAGGACCUGGGUUUCCGCAUGCUCAACUGUGGGAGGACAGACCUCAUCAACCAAGCCAUCGAGGCCCUGGGGCCGGAUGGGGUUAACACUAUGGAUGAUCAGGGUAUGACGCCGCUGAUGUACGCCUGCGCUGCGGGGGACGAGGCGAUGGUCCAGAUGUUGAUUGAUGCCGGGGCCAACCUGGACAUCCAGGUUCCAAGCAACUCUCCCAGGCACCCUUCCAUCCACCCCGACAGCCGGCACUGGACCUCGCUGACAUUUGCUGUGCUGCAUGGACACAUCUCUGUGGUCCAGUUGUUGCUGGACGCUGGUGCCCAUGUGGAGGGCUCGGCAGUGAACGGCGGUGAGGACAGCUACGCGGAGACGCCUCUGCAGCUGGCCUCUGCGGCAGGAAACUACGAGCUGGUCAGUUUGCUGCUGAGCCGCGGUGCCGACCCGCUUCUCAGCAUGCUCGAGGCCCACGGCAUGGGCUCCUCCCUCCAUGAGGACAUGAACUGCUUCAGCCACUCAGCUGCCCACGGCCACAGGAAUGUCCUGAGGAAGCUCCUGACGCAGCCGCAGCAGGCUAAAGCAGACGUGCUGUCCCUGGAGGAGAUCCUGGCCGAGGGUGUGGAGGAAAGCGACACGUCAAGCCAGGGCAGCGGCAGCGAGGGGCCCGUGCGGCUGAGCCGGACCCGCACCAAGGCCCUGCAGGAGGCCAUGUACUACAGCGCCGAGCACGGCUACGUGGACAUCACCAUGGAGCUGAGGGCGCUGGGGGUCCCCUGGAAGCUGCACAUCUGGAUUGAGUCUCUGAGGACCUCCUUCUCACAGUCACGGUACUCGAUGGUGCAAAGCCUCCUGCGGGACUUCAGCUCCAUCAAAGAGGAAGAGUACAACGAGGAGCUGGUGACCGAGGGCUUGCAGCUCAUGUUUGACAUCCUCAAGACCAGUAAGAACGAUUCCGUCAUCCAGCAACUGGCUGCCAUCUUCACCCACUGCUAUGGCAGCAGCCCCAUCCCCAGCAUCCCAGAGAUCCGGAAGACCCUGCCAGCCAGGCUAGAUCCGCAUUUUCUGAACAAUAAGGAGAUGUCAGACGUGACCUUCCUAGUGGAAGGAAAGCUGUUUUAUGCACAUAAAGUCCUGCUGGUGACAGCUUCCAACAGGUUCAAGACACUAAUGACCAAUAAAUCCGAACAGGAUGGGGACAGCAGCAAGACCAUUGAGAUCAGCGAUAUGAAGUACCACAUUUUUCAGUUGAUGAUGCAGUAUCUGUACUACGGAGGAACAGAAUCCAUGGAGAUCCCCACCGCUGACAUCCUGGAGCUAUUGUCAGCUGCCAGCCUGUUCCAGCUGGACGCCUUGCAGAGGCACUGUGAGAUCCUGUGCUCCCAGACCCUCAGUGUGGAGAGUGCUGUGAACACCUACAAAUAUGCCAAGAUCCACAACGCCCCAGAACUGGCCCUGUUCUGCGAGGGCUUCUUCCUCAAGCACAUGAAGGCCCUGUUGGAGCAGGAAGCCUUCCGGCAGCUCAUCUACGGCCGCAGCAGCAAGGUACAGGGCCUGGACCCACUGCAGGAGCUGCAGAGCACCCUGGCCGAGCGCGUGCACUCUGUCUACAUCACCUCCCGGGUGUGAGGCUGCCAAGGCCAGGGCCCACCAGGUCAGGGAAUGGUUGUAGGCCCCCUUGGAGCCAGGUUCA